AUGGCUCAGAGAAUAGUGAGAGAUCAUGAAGCCGAUUUCCCAAUCACUUGUGAAUCUUGCCUCGGUGACAAUCCGUACGUGCAAAUGACCCGAGAGGGUUAUGCUAAGGAAUGCAAGAUAUGUAUACGCUCUUUCACGGUUUUUAGGUGGCGACCUGGCCGGAAUGCGAGAUACAAGAAAACCGAAAUCUGUCAGACUUGCUCCAAGCUGAAAAAUUUAUGCCAAGUCUGUCUUCUGGAUCUUGAGUUUGGUCUUCCAGUUCAAGUCAGAGACACAACACUCAACAUUACUACUCAUGACUCUAUCCCUAAAAGCAAUGUCAACAGAGAGUACUUUGCCGAGGAGCAUGACCGAAAGAGAUGGACUGGAUUAUAUCUUCAUUUGGGAAGAUGCGACCUAAUGAUACUAUUCAAAAGCUUCAAAGAACAGCACCACACUAUGAAAAGAACCGACCACAUAUUUGUAGUAAAUACUUCACUUGUCAGUGUACAAGAGGUGCCGAAUGUCCAUACCGACAUGAGAUGCGCAAAACAGGAGAGCUAUCCCACCAAAACAUUAAAGAUCGUUAUUAACAGUGUAAAUGAUCCGGUUGCGAUGAAGUUACUUGGUAAAGCUGGUGAGAUGGGAAGUUUGGAACCACCAGAGGAUGCAAGCAUCAAAACGCUUUACCUCGGUGGACUUAACUCGAGAAUCCUCGAGCAGGACCACUACAAGAAAACAGCCACUAUUCCGACGGAAAUUCCCACGGCCAAUAUUUCCGUCGGAAUUUUCCGACGGCUUACCGACGGAUUUCCGACCAACAUUUAG